CAAAAAAAAAAAAAACAAAAACAGAAAAAAUAUAUAAAAAAACACAAAAAUGGCAAAAUACAUGAAAUUAUGUCCAUUUAUUACAUGCACGUAUUAAUGUUGUAUUUUGUUUGGGCAUUAGAGAGAGAGAUUAUAUAGAGUAAGAAGAAGAAAGAAAGAGAAGAACAGAGUGAGCUUUGAAAGAGCCUUUUUUUUUUUUCUUUCUUCUUUCUUUUUGUCUCCGGCCCCCAGAGUUGGGAUGGCUACAUGGUGGAUGAAAUCUUUACAAUGCAAGUCUAAAGCAUUGGACGACGUCGUCCAGCACAAACAGAAACUCCGGUCAAGCAGCGGCAAUUCUAAUACUACUCCCAAAUCUCAGUCCACCCACCACCACCAUAAUAUCAUUCCUAACUCCGCCAGUUGCCGUAAAAGUGUCCAGAGUCUUAAGGAUGUGGUGGAGACCGCAAAACACGGCAAACCCAGAAAGCCUAAUAAGUCAUCAUCAUCAUCAUUAUCGUUAUCGUCGCCGGCGGAAUCGGCUUCUCCGACCACCCCGCUAAUGCAGCAAACCCCGUUGAGUAGAAGAGGAUCCGUUUCGAGGAAAUCAGGACCCGUUUUUCCGUCUUCCCUCCAACAACAGCCCGGUCAGAGGGUUCGUCCGAACGGCACGCGAAUCUCACGCUCCGCCGAGUCGUUUUUCCCGGCGCUGACUGAGCUGCCGCAGGGCCAUCCUUCGCGUAAUGUGGUCGAGAUUAUCUUCCAUUCAAGUUGGUCCUCGCCGAAGGUUUUCUCCGGCCGGAUCGAGAUGGUGUUCAAGGUCCAGAAUUUGCCCCGGACGGUGACCCGGUUUGAAGAGUACAGGGAAGCGGUGAAGUCCAGACCGGAUUCCGGCGAGGUUAUUGGGUUGGCUUCCUCGGAGGAGGAGGGCGGUGAAGAAGACGCGCGGUGCGUUGCGGAUGGGAAUGAGGUGAUGAGGUUUUACUGUCUGGGGCCCACGACCAGCGCCUCCUCCGGCGGCGCGUACGACCCAAGCGGAUGCGCGUGGGCGUUCAGCGGUGCGAAGGGGUCGGCGAUAUGUACAUUUUCCGGUAGCGGGGCGGCGCACGAGAGUGCCGGCGGCGGGAGGGGGAGGAGGGCGAUGCUGGUGUGCCGGGUAAUAGCGGGUCGGGUGUGUAAGCAAAUCGGGUACGACUCGGUAGUUGAUGGGAAGAAAUGUGGGUAUGACUCAGUGAGUGGGGAAAAUAACGAGUUGCUGGUUUUUGAUUCACGUGCGGUUUUACCAUGUUUCCUAAUCAUCUACAAAUUGUAAUAUACAACAUCAACGAGAAGAAGAAGUAAGGCCACUUCGUAUUUUUUCUUGGGGGUUUUUUUUUUUUCCUUUAUUUAAAUUUUUUCAAAUUUUUUGUAGGCUAACGGAUAUUACUAUUACUAAUACUACUAUCAGUAUUCUUUUCGUCCCAAAAUGUUGAUACACAGUCAUUUUGCGACCGGAAGGGUAUUAUGUUUGGUGAUUAGAUUAGGUUUAAUGUGUAAAUGCUCCUCUUUUUUUAUGGGAAGUUUCAUAAAUUCUAUAUAUGUGAAAUUACUCAAAUGGCUAGGUACCAAAAAUGUCGAUGCCAAAUUACUCAUGGAAAAGGUGCACUAAAUGUAGUGAAUUUUAUGGCAUUAGUUUGCAUUUUUUUUUUAAACAUUAAUAGAAAACAAUUUUGGAUAUACUUGUAACCAAACAGCGGUUACGGAAUAAUGAAAUCUAC